AUGAAAGCCGCAGAAGACUACGAAACCAUUAACCGCGCCGCCUGGGACGAGCGGGUUCCAUUGCAUGUCGCCUCCUCAGACUACCAGGUCAAGGACUACAUGUCCGAUGCUGAUUUCAUCGGCAACGUGAUUCAGUUUGACCGUCUGCUUCUCGGCGACCUCACUGGCCUCAACUGUGUGCACCUGCAGUGCCACAUCGGAACCGACAUGCUCGGCCUCGCUCGCCUCGGGGCUGCGUCAGUGACCGGGCUAGACUUUUCUGCUGCGGCGAUUACAGCGGCAAGAAAGCUUGCUGAUGCGACGGCCGGCAGCGGCGGUGAGAAGCUCAAGUUCGUCGAGGCUUCUGUGCAGCGAGGGCUGACGGUCCUGCCGCGAGGUACAUUCGACCUCGUUUUCGUCAGCAUCGGCUCUCUGUGCUAUGUUCCCAACAUCAGGGAGUGGGCUGCUGUCGUGUCUGGACUUUUGAAACUGGGCGGACGGCUAUUUGUCCGCGAGUUCCACCCAGUGCUGUUGUCCUUGGACCACGGGAAGCCAGAUGAGCUGGUGAUUAAUUUUCCGUACUUUGAGCGAGAGGAACCCGUCAUCAUGGAUAGGCAGGGAACCUAUGUCGACUCGGGGGACUAUGCGUUCAGAUCGACCCGGCGCGCAGUGUUCAACCAUGGCAUCGGGGACGUUGUGCAGGCGCUGCUGGAUGAGGGCAUGAGGCUGACGAUGCUGAGGGAACAUCAGAGCGCGCCGUUGAUGGGCGCGUCACCGGAACUAGAUGUUGACGAACGAGGAGAGUACUCGUUGAAGGAUCGACCGUGGCGAUUGCCCCUUUCCUAUACGCUACAAGCCGUCAAGGAGUAA